ACGUUAAGCUAUCCGCAUGAGAUCAGUUCUUCGAUAGCAGAGCACCAAAACUUAAUAAAAAAGGUAUCACUACGUUCUGACAUCAAGCCCAACAUGAAUAAAUCCGGAAAGCUUUUCCCGACAGGCAAUACUCCAACCGUCGUCCCUUCGAGCUCCUUCGUCGCAAGUGAGGAUGCCGACAACUUAUAUAACGCUCUCCAAGCUGACACAACAAACGUAUCAGCAAUCAUCAAAAUUUUGGCCAAACGCUCUCUCGCCCAACGUUUCGACAUCAUCAAUAAAUACCGAACUCAAUACGAUGCCGAUCUUGUUGAAGAUCUAAAGAGCAAACUUUUUGGUGAUAUCGAAACUUUGAUCGUGGCGUUGAUGACACCUCUGGAUCAGUACUACGCUUCAGAGCUGCACCAUGCUAUGGCUGGGUUGGGUACCGACGAGAAUGACUUAACUCAAAUACUGUGUACUUUAAGCAAUGCCGAAAUUUUGGCAGUUCGCCGUUCUUAUCAUCAACAAUACAGCGUGAACUUAGGAGACGAUAUAACUGAUGAUACUAGCGAUAAAUACAAAGAUUUCUUGGUCUCUUUGUGCCGUACUGAGAGGGUUGAAGAUGAAGAUCUUGAUCAAGAAGCAGCUGUUACUGAUGCUCAGUCCUUGUUUAAUACUACGACUGAGACCCGCUGGAGUGUCUACCAUGACUUGUUCUGCCACAGAAGCUAUGCUCAGUUGAAGCUGAUUUUUGAAGAGUAUGAGAAAGUGGCCGGGAAGAGUAUCGAAGAUUCCAUUCAGGAGUUUUUCUCUGGCGAUGUUAAAACGGGACUUUUGGAUAUUGUAGGUGUUGCAAAAAAUCCAAUUGGAUUUUUCGCUCAACAGCUACAUGCGACUAUAGCAGGAGUUGGCACGAGCGACAGAGAUCUGAUGAGACUCAUUGUGACAAGGUGCGAAAUCGAUCUGGCUGAUAUUAAAAGGGAAUAUCAAGCACAAUAUUCCGUCACUUUGGCUGCCGAUAUUGUUGAUGAUACGUCUGGUGAUUAUCGAAACUGUCUUUUGAUUUUAAUCGCAGAGGAACCACUAUAAGAUAUCUGUUGCCACCAUAUCUAUCUAUAAUAUCUAACCUAUUUUUUAUCGGAUGUAAGGUUAUUUUUACACUUAUUUACAAUUAUUUGGCAAUAAUGUAAUUAUGAUAAAGAGCAUUUUGCUGUUUUUUUUAUUUUAUGUGCAAUUUAUAAUUAUGUCAAAUGAGUUUUAAUAAGCUAUUUUGUAACAAAAUGUACUUACUAUUUUAACUAAUAAAGUUUGUUGAUACAAAGAAA